AUGCACUACAGAGCCGCGGGGCGCCUACCCGCCAACACCAACCUUGCUUUGUUGUCUGCGAGGGGAGCUCGACGUGCUCUUUCUAGCCGCGUCGCCACCAUGUCCACAAGGUGUUCGACGUUUUUCUCACUAGUUACCAUGGAUAGCGGGGAUGAGUAUUUCUUUCACAACUUCAUUUGUUCAUUGGAUGAUUCGUCCUUGGAUGAUGAAGAGCUUGUGGUAGCUGCAUUGGUCAUCCAUGACCACAUUGCUAGGCAGCGGCCUAGGUUCAGGGGAUCAAUCUCGAGGCAUGCUCCAGCCUUGAACCCCGAUAGGGAGAGCGGCCACGUCCUACUCUAUGUCGAUUACUUUUGGGAUACCGCACUCUUCAAACCACAUCAAUUUCGUCGCCGCUUUCAAAUGAGGAGACAUGUGUUCAAUCGUAUUCGGGAGGGAGUGGUAGGAUAUGACCCAUACUUUGAGUGCAAAGGGGAUGCCCUUAGCAAGCUUGGCUUCUCUUCUUACCAGAAAUGCAAUGCGACUAUUCGCAUGCUUGCAUAUGGAAUUCCUGGUGAUCUUGUGGAUGAGUGCGUGCUUAUGAGUGAGUCCACAUGUCUCCUCUCAAUGUAUAGUUUCUGCAAGGCCGUGGUGGCAGUGUUCGGCCCUGAGUACCUCAGAGAGCCAACUGCCGCUGAUACAGAGAGGUUGUUGGCGAUCAAUGCCGAGAGGGGCUUUCCGGACAUGCUUGGUAGAUAG